AUACUUGAAUUACAUGGCAGUCAUGUGUGUAGAGGUCUAUCACGUGAUUGUGUUCUCAAUGAAGGAUUUUGUUUACAAAAGCAAACACUGAAUGAAAACCUAUUUUACAAUCAAUUGAUUUGGUUUUGGGUUAGAAAUGGCAUUAAAUUACAUAAAAUGCGUUAAAAACCAAAACUCAUUGCAUUUGAUGAGAAGCUUGUGUCCACUCGUGACGAAGAAGUCGUUUCUGUCGACAGAUAGUAAGUCACCGAAAGUGGUGUCAAAUGAGACACAAGUGUUUGACCAGAAGAUUGAGCGACAGAUCAAAGACCAUGUGUUGGACAAACCCACUCAUACGGGACAGACAUUCACCGCCGAUGACUACCGAUUGGUGCGAUUUGUUGGCAAAACCAAAGAGAUUAAUCCGCGGUUUGCCAUCGAUCUGAUAGCCGAGACGCCACCGAUUGCCUCGAAAGAGCGUUGGAUCAGUUGCGACGGCGGUGGAGGAGCUUUAGGUCACCCCAAGGUG